GGUAUUUUUGGAAGAGUAGAUGGCUUAGCCUCUAGUAGCAAGAAAGCUGAAUGAAGCAGCACCUUUAGAAACUGAACUUUUCUCGGUUGUAGUUCACACUGCUGGACUGGGAUUUGACUGAGCUGACUGCGAACAGGACUUCUUAUUCGAUUCUGCCAUGUCCUCUGUAAAAGUUGAGUCCGUUGUGCAGCACAACUGCAAACUUGGAGAAUCACCCGUUUGGGAGGAAAAGGAAAGUUCGCUUCUCUUUGUGGACAUAACCGACAAAAAGGUCUACCGAUGGAAUUCCCUUACCAAGGAACUGCAUAGUGUUUCUGUAGGUGCUCCAGUGAGUUGUGUGUGUCUUCGCAAAUCUGGCGAUUACAUGAUUACCCUGGGAACCCAGUUUGCAGCUUUAAACUGGAAAAAUAAGUCAGUAACCACCAUUAAGCACGUUGACUUGGAUAAAUCCAAUAACCGGUUCAAUGAUGGGAAAGUGGAUCCUGCAGGAAGACUGUUUGCAGGAACAAUGGGAGAGGAGAUUCGGCCAGCAGUGCUAGAGAGGCAGCAAGGUUCCCUCUACACCCUCCUUCCCGAUCACUCGGUAGUGAAACACUUUGACAAAGUGGACAUCUCCAACGGUUUGGACUGGUCACUGGAUCACAAAACCUUCUAUUACAUCGACAGCCUUUCGUAUUCGGUGGAUGCCUUCGACUAUGACCUGCAAACCGGAAAGCUCUCUAACCGAAGGAGCGUUUACAAGAUGGAAAAGGAAGAGAGUAUCCCUGAUGGGAUGUGCAUUGAUUCUGAUGGAAAGCUCUGGGUGGCUUGUUACAAUGGAGGAAGAGUGAUCCGUAUAGAUCCCGAGACAGGAAAACGUCUCCAGACCGUGAAGCUGCCUGUUGCUGAAACUACUUCCUGCAGUUUUGGUGGAAAUGAUUAUUCAGAGCUGUACGUCACAUCUGCUAGCCAAGGAUUGAAUGAGGCCUCACUGUCAGGGCAGCCAAAAGCUGGCAACAUUUUCAAGAUCACUGGCCUCGGGGUGAAAGGAAUCCCGCCAAAUUCAUAUGCGGGCUAACAGUUACUCUCAAAGGCACUCAUCAAGAGCAGGAAAGAAGAAAAUGUCAAAGAUUCAUGUGCAUAUCUCUUUCCUGACGGCUACAACAAGAUGGCAGCCACAAAAAGCCAAGCUAAAUAACCUCCAAACAUUUAAUAUAGAUUUUGUAUUUUGCCAAAUUGGCCUUUUUGUUAACAACAAGAAAAACAAUGUUUUCUUCUCUUCUACGAAAAUCGAUUCUUUCCUAAUAAAGACUGAAAUGCAUGCA